AUGUCUUUCCCCGCGACGGGCGCCCCCGUGGCCGCCCAGCACGACUCCUUCCACAGCGGGCACAACCACCAUGACAACGUAGACAUUGGCCACUUCGAUGCGCAGGGUGUCGCCGAGUUGCGCCGCACGCUCAGCAGGGCGUCGCAGUCGGGCAUCCACCCCAACGACCUCACCCUGCAGGACCUCAGCCCGGGGUCCAAGGCGGCCUCGAUCACCGUCUCCGAGAGCACGCUCCCAAACGAGGAGGGCGGCUCGACUGCAGGCGCAAAGAAGGCCGAGGAGGACGGCUUUGACUUUGAGAAGAUCCUGCGCGAGAUUGUGGCAAGGCGAGCAGACGCUGAGAUCGAGACUCGCGAACUCGGCGUCGUUUUCGAGGACCUCUCUGUCACCGGUGUCGGGUCCGCGGCUGCAUACCAGCCCACCCUCGGCUCGAUGUUCAACCCCAUCGACAUCGUGCAUGGCAUUCAGGGCAUUCGCCAUCCCCCCACUCGCCAAAUUCUCUCGGGUUUCGAAGGUGUUAUCCGCCCAGGAGAGAUGGUUUUGGUCCUUGGCCGCCCUGGCGCCGGGUGUUCCACCUUCCUCAAGACGCUAGCUAACCAGCGCGAGGAGUAUCACUCCAUUGACGGCCGCGUCGACUACGACUCGCUUACUCCUGAGGAGAUAACGAAGCACUAUCGCGGCGAUGUGCUCUACUGCCCGGAGGACGACGUCCACUUCAGCACCCUCACGGUCGAGCAGACGCUCAAGUUUGCUGCGUAUUGCCGUGCGCCGCGUGAGCGCAACCGUCUUGGCCACUCGCGCGAUGCCUACGAGGAUGUCGUUACGGAUGUUCUGAUGACACUCUUCGGUCUCCAGCACACCAGGCAUACCAAGGUCGGCGACAACAUGAUUCGUGGUGUUUCUGGCGGCGAGAAAAAGCGGGUCUCCAUCUGCGAGGUCCUGGCCGCCCGUGCGGCGCUUGCCUGCUGGGACAACUCCACUCGUGGUCUCGAUGCCUCCACCGCACUUGAGUUCGUCCAGGCGCUCCGCAUUGCUACUGACGUCUCCCGCAUGUCGACUGUCGUCGCGCUCUACCAGGCCGGCGAAUCGCUUUACCGCCUCUUCGACAAGGUCGCUGUCAUCAACGAAGGUCGUCUCGCGUACUUCGGUCCCGCCGACCAGGCGCGCGCUUACUUCACUGACAUGGGUUACGUUCCCGUCACCCCGCGCCAGACCACCGCCGACUUCCUCGUUUCCGUCACCGACCCCGCGGGCCGCGUCCUGCGCGACGGCGUCGACCCCGCGAGCGUGCCGCGCACGGCGGACGACUUCGCGGUUGCGUUUAAGAAGAGCGCGUUGGGCCAGCUGAAUCGCGACGACAUGGCUUCCUACCGCGCUGACUUCGUGGGCAAGGCGGAGCGCGCGGCGAAGUACCGUGAGCUUGUGCGCGACGAGCAUGCGGAGCACACCCGCCGUGACUCGCCGUACCUCAUCUCCAUCCCGAUGCAGACCCGCGCGGUCAUGCUGCGUAGGGUGCAGAUGACGCUGGGCAACUUUUUGGCGACGGGUAUCAACCUAUUCACAUUCGUUUUCCAAGGUAUCAUCAUCGGCACAGUUUACCUCCAAACCCCGGAUAACACGAGCGCGUACUUCUCUCGUACCGGUGUCCUGUUCUUCGCGCUACUCUUCUCCGCCCUCGUCACCAUGGCGGAGAUCCCGGCUUUGUUCACUCAGCGUCCGAUUAUUUUGCGGCACCGCAACUGGGCGUUCUACCACCCGUUCAUCGACGCCCUCGCGCUCUUCCUCGUUGACAUCCCGGUCACGUUCCUUACGACCACCGUCUGGGGUAUUAUCCUGUACUUCCUCGUCGGUCUUCAGACGUCGGCGGGGCAGUUCUUCAUCUAUUACCUCUUCCUCUUUGUGACCACUAUCACGAUGAAGAGUUGGUUCCGUGCGCUGGCUGCGGCGUUCCCGGCAGAGGCCCCUGCGCAAUCGUUUGCCGGUAUCAGCGUUUUGGUAUUCUCGAUCUACACGGGUUACACAAUCCCUGAGCCGUCGAUGAUCGGCGCGUUGAAGUGGUUGGUGUGGAUCAACCCCCUCCGCUACGCCUACGAAGCUGUCGUCACGAACGAGUUCCGCACGCUCGACGCGCAGUGCUCCGUGCUGGUGCCGCAAGGCCCCGGGUACGAGAACAUCAGCCUUGACAACCAGGUCUGCACGACGGUCGGUUCAAUCCCCGGCCAGACGCAGGUCAACGGCGCACGCUACCUCGACCUUUCCUACGGUUACACCUUCGCGAAUACUUGGCGCAACUUCGGCAUCGUCAUCGCCUUCGGCGUCGCGUUCACCUCUGCGUACUUCUUCUUCACAGAGUGGAACACGAAGACGAACGCGUCGAGCUCGGUAACGCUGUUCAAGCGCGGCUCGAAGGCAGCGAAGCAGCUCGUGGAGGCCAGCCCGGCUGACGAAGAGAAGGCGAACCAGGAGAAGCCGGUUGCAGCAGGCGGGGAGGUGGACAGGGAGACGGAGAAGGCUCUGGAAGAGACGCAGGCGAUGACCGACAUCUUCUCGUUCCACCACCUCAACUACACGGUCCCUAUUGCCGGCCACGAGGAGCGCCGUCUCCUCCACGACGUCUCUGGCAUCGUGCAGCCGGGCAAGCUCACGGCUCUCAUGGGCGAGUCCGGUGCGGGCAAGACGACGCUUCUCAAUGUGCUCGCGCAGCGUGUGUCUACGGGUGUUAUCACGGGCGACCGCUUGGUGAACGGGCAGCCGCUUCCGAUGGACUUCCAGGCGCAGACCGGUUACUGCCAGCAGCUCGACACACAUCUCCCGAGCUCUACCGUCCGCGAGGCCCUUCUAUUCUCUGCUCGUCUCCGCCAGCCUGCUUCCGUGCCGGAUGCCGAGAAGGUCUCAUACGUCGACCAGUGUCUCAAGAUCUGUGGCCUCGACGAAUACCGCGAUGCCGCCAUCGGGACCUGCAAUGUGGAGAUCAAGAAGCGUACGACCAUCGGUGUGGAGCUUGCUGCCAAGCCCCGCCUCCUGCUUUUCCUUGACGAGCCGACGUCCGGUCUUGACUCGCAGUCAGCAUGGAGCAUCAUGCAGUUCCUCCGCAACCUUGCCGACCACGGGCAGGCCAUCUUGUGCACGAUCCACCAGCCUUCGGCCGAGCUUUUCCAGGUCUUCGAUCGCCUCCUGCUCCUCCGCAAGGGUGGUGAGACCGUCUACUUCGGUGACAUUGGCCAGCACGCGCGCACUAUGAUCGGCUACUUCGAGCGCCACGGCUCCCGCCCUUGCAGUCCUGACGAAAAUCCGGCCGAGUUCAUGCUCGAUGUCAUUGGUGCCGGCGCGACCGCCACGGCUACGCAGGAUUGGUACGACGUCUGGUCCAAAUCAAGCGAGGCCGAGCGUCUGCAGCAGGAGAUCGCGCGCGUGCACGAGGAGGGCCGCCAGCGCGGCGUCGUUGAGACCUCGCGCAAGUCCGAAUACGCGACGACUUGGGGCUACCAGGUUCUGCAGCUCAUCCAGCGCGACGCGUACGACCACUGGCGGGACCCGACCUACCUCUUCGCCAAGCUCAUCCUCAACAUCGUCGGCGGUCUCUUCAUCGGCUUCACCUUCUUCCAGGCCGUCGACACGCAGCAGGGCACGCAGAACAAGGUCUUCGCGCUCUUCAUGGCGUCCAUUCUAUCCGUGCCGCUCGUCGGGCAGAUCCAGGUGCCAUUCCUCAACACGCGCAAUGUCUACGAAAUCCGCGAGCGCCCCAGCCGGAUGUACAGCUGGACGGCGCUGCUGACGGCGCAGAUUGCGGCGGAGGUGCCGUGGAACAUCUUGGGCUCUGGCAUCUUCUUCCUCUGCUGGUAUUGGACGGUUGGCUUCGACAACUCGCGCGCGGGGUACACCUACCUCAUGCUCGGCCUGGUCUUCCCCUUCUACUACACGACGAUCGGUUUUGCGGUCGCAGCGAUGGCCCCGAACGCGGAGAUCGCGAACAUCUUGUUCAGCUUGAUCUUCUCGUUCGUCUUGACCUUCGACGGUGUCGUCCAGCCCUUCUCGCAGCUCGGCUGGUGGAAGUGGAUGUACCACCUCUCGCCGUACACGUACUUCAUCGAGGGUCUGCUCGGUCAAGCUGCCGGCCACGGCGACGUCACCUGCGCCGACAUCGAGUACGUCACGCUCACCCCGCCGUCCGGCCAGUCGUGCGGCGACUACCUCUCGCCGUACAUCUCCAUGGCUGGUGGCUAUCUCACCAACCCGGAUGCGACGUCCGACUGCCAGUUCUGCUCGGUGAAGACGACCGACCAGUUCCUGGAGCAGUCGUUCAACAUCUUCUACUCGAACCACUGGCGGGACUUCGGCAUCAUGGUCGCGUUCACGGCGUUCAACGUGUUCAUGAUCUUCGCCUUCACCUGGUUCUUCCGCAUCCGCAGCGGGAGCAUCCUGACCCUAUUCAAGAGGAAGUAG